UAUUAGAAGUAAGGGAGCUAGAAGUAACUUCCCAGGGAGCCGCCAGGACUGCGUGCGCACACUUGCGCAUGCGCGGUGUUGACGCAUGCGCGUGGGGUGGAGAGAAGAAAAAUGGCGGCGCCCAGCAUCCCCACGCCUCUGUACGGGCACGUAGGCCAUGGCGCCUUCAGCGACGUGUACGAGCCUGCGGAGGAUACAUUCCUGCUUCUGGACGCUCUCGAGGCGGCGGUGGCCGAGCUCAAGGGAGUGGAAAUAUGCCUUGAAGUAGGUUCAGGGUCUGGAGUGGUAUCUGCAUUCCUGGCCUCUAUGAUAGGUCCUCAAGCUUUAUACCUGUGCACUGAUAUCAACCCUAAGGCAGCGGCUUGUACCCUGGAGACAGCACGCUGUAACAAAGUUCACAUUCAACCCAUAGUUACAGAUUUGGUCAAAGGCUUGCUACCACGAUUGAAGGAAAAAGUCGAUCUGCUGGUGUUUAAUCCCCCCUAUGUGGUGACUCCACCUGAAGAGUCUUUUUACUGGUCACAGGUAGGAAGUCACGGAAUCGAGGCAGCUUGGGCUGGUGGCAGGAAAGGUCGCGAGGUCAUGGACAGGUUCUUGCCACUGGUUCCGGAUCUCCUCUCACGAAUAGGGUUAUUCUAUUUAGUUACCAUUAAAGAAAAUGAUCCAGAAGAAAUUUUGAAAACAAUGAAGAUGAAAGGUCUACAUGGGACUGCAGUACUUUCCAGGCAAGCAGGACAAGAAAUCCUUUCAGUUCUGAAGUUCACCAAGUCCUAAUAUACAGUGUGUGCUCUGUAUUAUAUUGAAUGUCUAUAUAUUGAAUAAUACAUAUUAUAUCGAAUAUACAUAUGAAUACCUUUAUAUUGAAUACAUAUAGAUAUAUAUAGAUAUAUCUCUAUAUAUGCUGAAAGUAUUCAGCAUAUUUUAAAACUGAAGUCAUUUCUUGGUUAACAAGUAAAAUUGUCAGAAAUAUGUCACAUAGAAAAUGGUGGAAAGGUUGGGCAUUCUCUUUCACUCAGGAAUUAAGCCUACACAAAUAUAUGCAUAAGUGCUAGUACAUACAAAUAUUAUAUAUAUAUAUAUAUAUAUAAUUUCAUUUUAUAUACAAAAGAUAUUUAUAUAUGAAAGGAUAUUUAUUUCAAUAGCAAAACGAGGAAGUCAACCGAACCGCCCAUCAGGAAAGAGAUUGGUAAAAUAGAUUACAGUACAUCCAUGUUACUGACCGUGAGUGACACCAGCUAUUAAAUAUGAGUGGGGUCUAUAUAUACUGAACCAGAAGGAGUUCAUGAUGUACUUUUGAGAGAAAAAAAGCAAGUUGCAAAACAGUAUUAUCUGAUAUGUAUAUUUUUGAAAAACAGAGAGGGUAGGUUUGUAUGUGUAUAUAAGAAGUCUCAGAAGAUACCAGGUGGGAAUGGAGGAAUUUUCAGUCUUUUGUGGUAGCAUUUGUAUAAUGAUAAUACAUUACUUGUAUAAUUUUUUAAAGUUUUUUAUUUAAAAAUUUUUAAAAUUUA